CCUAAAAAUAACAAGCAUACUUUUUAGCUAAAUUGAAUAAACACAACUUCCUAUUACAAACAUUUUUCACAAGCUUUUAGUUUGUGAGGAUAUGGUUGGUGCCCUCCCCAAUAGAUACUCCUUCUCCCUUUUUCCUUAAUGCCCAAAAUGUCCUUUCAUGAUAGAGGUUAAAAAUGGGAAAGAUUCAUUUUGCUACUUUUCCUUGCAGUUAGGGUGGCCAUAUACAUAGCCCAUAACUGAAGAGAAAUCAAGGGGAGUCAUCUAUUGGCUUCAAGAAGGUUUAUUUCAUAAUAUAUAGGGAGUUACACGAGGGGAGUUCUCUUGCGUUUUUGUCUGGCUUUAUUUUUGGGACAUAGUUGUGUUUACAUGUGAGUUUUAGAGCUACAGCAGCUAUUUUGUAACUAUGAGGUGAUAAGCCUGAGGACUGAGGCCAACAGACUGAGGACAGGGAAAUGGAAAAGCCUGGUCCUUGAUUAGAGCGUUUAGUUGUUGAAACUACCUGGGGCACUCCAUCUCCAGAUUUUAUUGUUACAUUCUCCUAAUUUAAAUGGGUUUUGAAAUGAACAAGUGCUCAAAAUACUUAAACAGUCAGAAUAAUUUUUUCAUAGCUUCUCAUCAACUACAAAACUUCUUAAAGAAGACUCAAUUUCUUCUUUAGUUUUAAACCUGGCUGAAUCAUCAUAGUUUUGAAUCUCAUACAUUUAUUAUAUGGCCUCAAUUGUCCAUUAUAUCCAUGCACAUUAUUAUCAGGAUUUCCAGGAUAUGGGUAAUGUGAGUGGGUAAUGGAGAACUAUGGGAAAUUCUAGAACUAGAAAGAGACAGGUCUUCACUUUCAGAUCUGAUUGUAGCAGCAGUGCAGAUGGAUAAAUAAGAGGGAUCAUGUGGGAAAAUGCUAGCAUAAGAGUUAGGAGCCCCUACAAUUCAAUAGUACAGUUCAGUUAAAACCUAAAGAGUGCCUGAACUUGUGUGGCAGUCUAGGCAAAGAGAUGGAGGUCACUGUGUCUGUAGAGUCUAUUCUUAGCAUGUGAGAAAUAUAGAAAAUCUUCUGAAGGUUUUCAGUCAGAAUGCAAUUUCCAUAAACAUUUAAGGAGUUGCUACUGUGUAGUCUGCUGUGUACUUAGCACUAUCAGCAAAGUAGUCUACAAGGCAAAAGUGAUCUUUGUGCUUACAGAAUUUAUAGUUUAUAGGGAAAGAGGAAUAAAAAGAAACUAAUAUCUUAUGGGUGCAAUGAUGGAGGACCUACCAAGUCUACCAAGGUUAUGGGAAUAUAAAUAAUGACAGCUGACUUUUACUAACUAUUUACCAUGUGCCACACAUAGUUCUAACCAUUUGACUUAUAGUGUUUUAUUUAAUUGUCAUAAGAGCCCAAGGAAAGAGAUGCUAUUAUUACUCUCCUUCUUUUAGCAAUCAUGAACCUGAAGCACAGAGAGUUUGAGUAUUAAUAACUCUCAUGUUAGUUAUUACAUUUAUAUUCUCAGCAGGGUCCCCAGGAAGAAAUUUCCAGUAGGUGUUUAGAAGUAAAAACAUUAGAAGGAAGAAAUGAAUUAAAACAAAAACUCUGAUAUUCCAUGAGAAACAACAACUCAAAUGAGUUAUUGCAAUUCUUGCAAAAUUUGAGAUAAAAAUGUAGAAAACAUGGAGGUAGAACUUGUGGAAAAUGUCCAUUUAGGAAGUGGGCAGAAAGAGAGAAAGAUUCAAAGCAAUAUAUUUCCCAUAAGAUAUAAAGAUGAUGGGGAGAUGGGAGUUCAUAUUUGUUGUCUUGGGGGAUGUACAAGCCCAAGGGUGAAGGGAAGACUUGAGUAAAAUUGUGAGCCCCUGAGGAACUGCAGAUCACGGUGCAGGGUGUAAAUACAAUUCCUUUAUUUUCUUUUUAGAUCUACAAGUCGUUCUCUUGGGAGGAGACACAGAAAUUUCUAUCCUGUUUAUAACCAGGUGCAUUGUAUCAGCAAACUCACAUGAAAUCUUCUGUGUCUUAUCUAGUGGCAAAUGUGACAAUAAUACUUUGUUUUUCUCUGUUGUAUAAGAGGACUCAAAGUCAUAAUCAGAAAUCAUGAUCUGUUGAACAUAAUGAUUUCCAGGGCAUAUUGGAGUUUAAAGGCGGACUGCACCUUCCUAGUAUCAAAGCAACCAAAGUUUCAGAGCCUGAAAUUUCCCUUCGAGGACCACGAUUGGUUAAUAACAAGACUAAGGAACAACCAAGGAUUUCUCAUCUAAGGAGGAUCCUCUUAGAGAAGAAUGGCUCCUGGAAAUGGCUCUCUUGUGACUGAAUUCAUUCUUAUGGGAUUAACACAGCAGCCAGAUCUCCAAAUGCCCUUGUUCUUCCUGUUUCUAGCAAUGUAUGUUGUUACAGAGUUGGGGAAUUUGGGCUUGGUAACUCUAAUUGGGCUGAGUUCACACCUUCACACCCCCAUGUACUUUUUUCUCUUUAAUUUGUCCUUCAUAGACCUCUUUUAUUCUUCUGUGUUUGCACCUAAAAUGCUGAUGAACUUCAUAUCAGAGAAAAACGUUAUCUCCUACGUAGGGUGCAUGACCCAGCUUUUCUUUUUCUGUUUUCUUGUCAUUUCUGAAUGCUAUGUGCUGAUGUCAAUGGCCUAUGACCGCUAUGUGGCCAUCUGUAACCCACUUUUAUAUAACAUUGCCAUGUCCCCUAAAGUGUGUUGCAACCUUAUGCUUGGUUCAUACCUGAUGGCCUUCUCUGGUGCCAUGGCCCACACUGGGUGCAUGCUGAGACUGACCUUCUGUGACGCAAACACCAUCAACCAUUAUUUCUGUGAUGUCUUUCCCAUGCUUCAGCUGUCCUGCACCAGCACCUAUGUUAAUGAGAUGGUGGUUUUCAUUGUGGGGGGCAUCAACAUCACUGUGCCCAGUCUCACCAUCUUUAUUUCUUAUGGUUGUAUUCUCUCCAGCAUCUUUCACAUCAGCUCCAAGGAAGGCAGGUCCAAAGCUUUCAGCACCUGCAGUUCCCACAUAAUUGCUGUUUCUCUGUUCUUUGGAUCAUGUGCGUUUAUGUAUCUGAAACCAUCUUCUGCUGGGUCUAUGGAUGAGGGAAAAAUCUCUUCUGUCUUUUAUACCAAUGUGGUUCCCAUGAUGAACCCCUUAAUCUACAGUUUGAGGAAUAAAGAUGUUAAAGUUGCCCUGAGAAAAAUCCUGAGUAGGACAAAAUUUUGAUCAGAAACUGAUCUCUGGAUGUCUGUAGUUACAGGGCAGGGAGCCUCUGUAUUUUAUUACAACAGUUUAGGAGGUAAUAUUUUUUCUUAUUGUGUCUUAUCAUGAUGAUGUUUAGUUGAGUAUCCUCUCAGUUAUGUUUCCAACUCUUUUUUAAUAUAGGUUUUCCUUUUUCCCCAUAAUUUGCACAUUUUCCCCUUUUCAUCAUUUUUCCUGUUAUGAUGAAGUUAAGGAAGUUUUAAUCUCUGUUUUUUUCCACUGCCAUUAUGGACUUUCUUUUUAUCUCCUGGAAAAGAUGGAUGCUUUUGCAAAUUUUCAAGUGAAAUAAACCUAGGAUGACAAUGUGUUGGUGGUAUCUAUGGUGUUCUUUUCCUUGACUUACGAUAUGCCAAUGCAUACAUGAAUCAGACAACUUGUUUCUCCUCUUGUCUUCCAUCUUCCUUGGGCAGCAUCUUGUCUUCUUCAAAUGGCAGUGUUUCACAGAUAUGCAAGGCUCCACAAGGCCUAUCAUAUAUAACCCAUUUUGUCUUUGUAAACAAUAUGCAUUAAUCUUCUUUUGGCAUAAAUUUCACAUUUAACUUUGUACAUUAAAAAUAACUCACAGUAGACCACCAGAAUACAUUUGUUUCAUGAAGUCGCACAGUUUCUUCAUGAAAAAGCCUCCAAUACACUAAUAGCCUCCUGAUUGUAAGCCUACCUCUCUCUCUGGUAUACUUUAUUUUUACUUCAUUUUAUUAUUUUUAUUCACUAAGCAUGAAAUACUGCAUGAGAAAGCAUUACUUUUGGGAACUGAGUAUGCUUUGUUUCUACAUUAUAUGUUAACUUCUCUCAGGAUGUAUAUUGCUCUGGUCUUUUUGAUCCAGAUAGUAGUUUGAUCAUUCUUUUCAUUGUGAAAGAAGAGGUCUGUUAAGCUAAGCAUAGUUGCAAGAUAAUUGGCUCACAAUAGGAGUUCACUUUUUUACUGAAAAGUGAAAAAAAAAAAUUGAAACAUUUUCAGGUGCUUGUAAUUCACAGACAGGGUCUGGGAGAGAAAGGAGCCCAGGACAUGUCCUUAGGCCAAGACCCAGGGAGACACACAGCCAAUAAAUGGCAGGUGCCUCUGUAGCAAAUGGCCAAAGAGGAUUUAGAAACUACAUUUCAAAUUGAAUUUGUAUCUGUUCUGUUGAGUACUGUAACUAUCCUUCGCUGUCAUAAAGAUUUGAUAAAACUUGUAAUCCACAAUGGCCAUACAUUAAUAAUGUUUUAGGGAGUGAACGUGAAAAAACCGUGGCCACAUUUUGGGGGAAGAAGAAGAGAAAGGAGAGCAUCUUUAGGGGAAAACAUCAUGAGCAGUAACUGAAAGUCAGGAAGAAGGAAUUUACGAAGUAAAAAGACAGAAAAUUAAAGGUCCUAUCUAUGAUACUCUUCUCCACCUUUGAAGAUACUACAAAUAUUAUGGAGAUCACAGGGUUUUCCUGAGCAGGACAGAGACUUCAGCCAUUUGGUAUUAAAGACAGGAUAAACCCAGAGGGCUAGGGCCCUGGAAACAACCAAAUUGCUCCUGUUCAUGUUGGGUUUCAUUUGCUAUUUCCAUGUGGAUUUUACUAACAUCUCACAUUGCAUUUUAGAGAUAAAAGAUAAUUUGAAAGAAAUGUUUGGUGAGUAAACUAAAUCAUGAUCAUUUCUUUUCUAGAAUACGAUGUUGUAUUAUUUUCCCUUUGAGAAAACAGCAAAAAAGAUGAUUUCUCUUAAAAGUCUUUACCCUGAAUCAAGUAACAAUUUAAACAUUUUCUAAGAUAACUGUAACAAUAUUUACUAUUUUACCAUUUUUCUAAUCUCCAUUCAAUAUUUAGAUAUUAUGAAAUUUAGCAUAAAUCGUUUGUUGGCAUGUUUGAUUUUAGAUAUUUGGCUUUGCUAAAUCCUUGAGUUAUGGUUUGAAAUGACCAUGGAAAUUCCAAUCACCAGCUGCAAUAUGGACUUGCUUGAUUUUCACUGAAAAUAUUCUAUUAUUAUAAAAUAGUUGAUCUUAUUUUUAGUAUUCUUUUAAAUUUUCAUUUAUCUUUUGCUGGAAUUGUUUACAGUGAACAGCGUUUCUAAAUAGAUAAAUAAUAUUUCUGCUACUUGAAAUGUUUUGUGGAUAUUGUACAAGCACAUCCACUCUGUUUUAUAUAUUACCAGGAUUUGAGGUGGCCCAAAGGGUGGAUUAAAGUGGAUCACCCAUCUUUCAUUUGACAAGCCUCAAAAUACAAAUGAAAUCUGUUUCAAUUUCCAAAAAGGUACACUUUCUUUAAAAUAGACUUUAUCCUUUAAGAUUAUAUUGGAGAAAAAAGUUUAAAAGAUAUAAAGACAUAAUGUAUAAGUUAAGAGUGGAAAAUUUUUAGUAUACAACUUAGUUGAUAGUUUUAGUUUGCAAUUUUUAGCAUUAUGCAUUUAUUUGAUUUUCCCUUAAAGGGAGGGAAAUCAAUUCUGAGUGUUUUAUGUAUAUGACAAUGAAUUAUCCUUUUGUAGGUUUUUUUUAAGUGUAAACAAGUUAUGAAACUAUGAUUCUAUUGAGGCUGUCACAGGUGAAAAUAAAACUGGUAAGUCAUGGGAUUUUUCUCAAGCUGAUGUUCUAGGAAGAUGUUUCUAAGUCAAUAUGAAAGGUUGAAAUUUCUGUGCGAUAACAGACAAUGGCUCUCAUAGGGAUAGGCCAGAAAGAAAGUUUGCUCAUUACAUGCUGAAUUUAUUGAAUGCGAACUUUCUCUAAGCAAGCUUAGGCUGAGUGAGAUCAUGGUGCACUCUGGUUAAAGGCUGAUGAAAGCCAGAAGGAAAUGGGGUUUGAGUUCUACAUGUCCUAAUUGCCUCAAACCCCACAAUCGACUAAAGCCCACUCUGCACUCUUCUUUAAACUGACUUUCUACAUUACAUUACAUUAAACACACAUGCACUACACACACCAAGUGUUUUGUAUUGCUACAUGCCUAGCAACUUGUUGCAACAUACUAUAUGUCACCAACAUAUAUAUAACAUGGCAAAGAGGAAGACAUAAAGGUAGAGUUUCACAAUACAACAUAUUAGUUGCAUCUGACAUGAAAAAUGAUCCUAAGACAGUCUUAAAUAGUCAAUAUUACUCUGUAAAUUGGUUUUGUUAGCAUCAUAUCCAUGUUGGGAAUGAAAGGACGUUUUCCAUAAAUGUGGCAUAGUUGGUUUCUCUCUAGCAUUGUGACGUUUCACUGUGAAUUCGCCUGAGCACCAGAUGAAGUAAUUUAUAUUCAGGGGCCAUGUUGUAGAGAUACGUACUUUUAAAUAUUAAAAUCAUUAAAAUCUUACUCAAUGUGAGGAAGUUUCUUAUCUGAGGCAGAGCCUCGCAUCUUCCUCAGUGAGGGGGAGGCCAGUGGAAUCACCAAGUCUCUCUCUGACAUAAAGGUGAAUUAUGCCGCUGCAUAUAUGAGCAUAGAGACAUGUGUAGGUGUUACAAUUGCUCUUUAGGAAAGCCUUGCACAGUUUCCUCUGCACUGCCCCGUCUCACAAUCUCUGUGCAUCUCAGGAAGAAAUGACAGACGAACGGGGGAGGGAAUCCUACUUCCCACUUCACAGUCGAGUGGCCUGCUGCCCACAGAUUUUCAUGGCUUGCUCCAAAUCACUACUCAUAAGUGGGAGAGCUGGGACUGGGAAUUGGAUGUUUUGAUU